AACUCAUGGUUUAUGUUAAAUAUUAGAUACGGAAAAGAUGUACACUCAAAAAAGAAUAGACAGGAAUUACAGUAUUUUAGGUUUCAUAAGAGACGAUUUCGAAAAUUUUGUGGACGAAGUUGGUACCUUAAUUGGGACGUUUCUUUUUUUUUAGUGGACUAUAGAUUUUUGAUUUUAGACGAACUGGGCUUUUACGGUAGACGAAAUAUUUUGAGUAGAUUUCGUUUGCUUUAAAAUAAACACAUCCCUGCAACAUGAAUUACAUAAAUUAUAAUCCUGCAAGUGAGCCUAUGCUUUCCGAAAAUACUUUUGCUAUGGACUUGGAUGAAAUUGCUGUUACUUUCGGGCAAAUGGAGAAGAUCGUCGACUAUGAUGAAAUGCAGCGGCGCCCUGUAGUCGAUGAUGCGAAAAUGGAAGAAGCUGUUGAAGAAUUAACAACAGAAUUCAGCACUAUCGCAUUAACGGAUAAGUCCAAGAAGCGCAAGCAAUAUAGUGAGCACAGAAUUAGACGGUUGAUUCACUUAAUCCAAGAGGCUGGGCUUACAGUUCCCAAAGCUGCGGUUGAGUGUGACAUUCCGAGGUUCACCGCUUAUAAGUUUUCAGAUCAUUGGAAUGUUAGUGAUGGUACAGUCCUUCCUGGUAGCAAGCCAAGAACCGGCAUCUCUCGACCAAAGAAGCUUUUUGCAGAACAUACUGAGUUUCUUAUAGCAUUAUUUGAUGCGAGACCUUUGACAACAAUUGAAGCUGCAAGACAGGAGCUCUGUGCCAAAUUUGAAGGUUUGAGUAGACGUCUCAAAAAUCUGGUUUGUACUCUCCAUUCAUAUGGCAGCUUUGUUAAAUCCAACGCUAAAUUACUGUAUCGGAUCAAAUUUUUCAAUAUCUGCGUAUUUUUAAAUGUGACAUUAAACGCGUAAAUCAUACUGUUAUUAUAAAUGUUGUUAAACGAAAUGUUAUGUUGCCAAAAUUUAGUGAUCAUUCUUAUCUUUCACCUUUUUCAAUUAUUUUC